AUAAAAUUUGAAGCACAAGACAUUUCAGAGACUACAAAGCGGUUAGUACCAAACAGGCAAUCGAUUGUUUAAAACCUGUAGUGCAGUAGAGUACUAAAGUGUGUUUUUUAUUCUUAUCACAGGAACUUUUUGAUUAGCAAAAAAAAAAUAUUAAAUCAUAAAAUCUCCUUGUUUUCGUCUCCGUUUCAACAAAAAUUGUCGGCCUUUUUGCGCGAAAGAACAAACAAACAAAAUUUUCCGUUCUCCAUCUUCUUCAUCAUCAUCAUCAUAGUUCCUUUUUGCUCAAUGGUUGAUAAUGAAAAUUUUAUUGACAUAUUUUUUCAACGCAUACGAGUGGCUUAGUAGUGUUCAGUUUUGAUACUCAAAAGUGUUUUAAACAAAAAAAUCCAACAAAUUCGCCGUGAGUGAGAAAACCUUAAAAAAAUUAAAUUUUAUAAGAAGAAAUGCUCUGUGCACAAGAAAAAAUACAAAAAAAUUUUGUAUAUGAGAAAAAAAGUGUAAUAUGAAAAAGCCAAUAAGAACUUUUAUGUCAUACAACUCCGUACAGGCACGCCGAGUAAAAUUGUGAGUGCGCUGCUCUCUCUCUUCUUGUCAUGUCAUUCACACAUUCGGCAUCGUACAGCACACAACACAGGGGCAGAAGCGACCGAGUGAGUGUUUAAAAUUGAUUCAGGAAAUUGAUUCAUCGUCGUCUUGUUUUAAUAUAAUCAAAAGUUCAUGUGUUAUUCUUAUACUUUUUUUAUACAUAAAUAUAAAGUAAACUACAUGCAUAAGUCACACUACAAACAGUUAGUUACUAUAACACACAGUGAAAACUUCUGAAAAUAAAAAAAAAAUACAAAAAGUGAAAAAAAAUGUUAAAUAGAUAAAUUUUUGCAUCACAUAGAGAAAAAAAAAGAAAUUUUUUUAUAAAUUAAAGUUAACAUUGUUGUUGAAAAAAUACCGAUAAGAGACGUUUUUUGUACAAUUAAACGUAAAUUUAAGUGGAUAAAUCAUGGACAUUCUACCAGGAGGCAUCAGCGAAGAAUUUCACAUUUUUCGGGAGCUGCAAGAUAUUCACGACACCGGAUUCUUCUCGUCACAUUCCUCCAUCGAAGAUCAAUGGCAGCAGACAUGCUACGAGAUGGAACGCUACCUGAAAGAGGAGCCAAAGUCAAAUUUUGGCUCGAACCGAAAGUUACCGGGCGAUGAAAUUGACACGACAUGGGAUAUGUUUGCGCCGCCAGAAUCGCCGCCCGCCGUCAAUGGCACGUGGAAAAUGGAAGUAAAUCCGUUGUGUUUGAACAAAUUGCAUCUCGAUCAGCACAUGGAUUCGAUGUCGACGAUAUCCUCUUCGUCAUCGUGUUCAUCGCGUCUCUCGUGGGAUGCGUCACUGAGUUACGCCGUACUUGCUUCUGUCAAAAAGGAACCUCUUGACACAGAUUACGAAGACAAUUCCGACAGUUAUGAGGAAGUUUAUUCGAGCAGUAGCGGCGAAAUUACGCCAAGUGCGACCCCGACUGCGACAACAACGACAACGACAAGUCUCAAGAGGGCGUCAAAAGACCGCAGAAGCUCCGCAGAAUCUCAAAAUGCAAUAAAAUUCACGAUUGUGGCGCGAUCGCAAUUGACGCCGCCCUCGUCGCCCGAACCCAAUUCCAAGAAAUCCGGCGGAGAGACGCAAGGCAAUAGCAACAAUGCAACAGACUGCAGUAAUCAUAAUAACAGUAGCAUUAAAAGUAACCGCAAAUCCUUAGUUCGGAUGACGGAGACAAAUUCGACGUCGUCGACGACAAGUCAACUCACACGCAAUACGAUUGUGAAGCUAACGACAGCGCGACUCAUUCAUGUGCAUCCCACAAAGUUUCAAGCGACACAAAUAUCAGAUAGCAAAGCCGUUAGUAUUGUUAACCCACCAUCUUCAAGUACAAAACUUUCAUCAUCAUCAUCAUCAGCGACCUCAAAGCAGAGCAAUGAGAUAGUGCAGAGUGAUUCGAAACGCCGAAUCCACAAAUGUCAGUUUCUCGGAUGCAAGAAAGUCUACACAAAGAGUUCUCAUCUGAAAGCACACCAAAGAACGCAUACCGGCGAAAAACCGUACAAAUGUUCGUGGGAAGGAUGCGAAUGGAGAUUUGCGCGCAGCGACGAACUAACAAGGCACUUCCGAAAACACACGGGAGCCAAACCCUUCAAGUGUCGCCAUUGUGAUAGAUGUUUCUCCCGUUCGGAUCACUUAGCGCUCCAUAUGAAACGUCACGCAUAAGCAUCAUCAUCAUCAUUUUAGAGAUUUAGAGAGAAAAAUCUUGAAUUCUUUUAUCGCUUUAUAAUUUUUCCCCCCUAUAUGUCAUUAAGCCAUCAUCGUAUCAUCGUGAACAAAUUUCAUCAAUCAAAGCUUGUAAAAAUGGCCAAAAAUUGAUUUUGCUCAAAUUUCGAUCGAAUGCCAUGAUUUUUUCCACACACACGUACACAAUUUUUAAAGUAAGCCGAAAAAUUCCAAAAAAUCACUGCCAAAAAACAAAACUACUAAAAAAAGAUACAAAACGUAAAUGAAGCUUAACAUGCUAUAAUAGCGAGCGUCGUCACAACUACACCCCUCUUUAGUUAUUAAGAAUUACGCCAAAUCAGAACAGACCUCUGAAUAUAAAACAUAUAAAAAAUAUCGUAAUAUAUAUAAUUAUAUCAUAUAUAUAAAAAAUUAAAAAAAAAUUAUAAGAAAAAAGUUUAAUGAA